AUGGCCUCGACGGAAGGAGGAACGUCAGGGUCCGGACAAGCAGAGUCAGGCUCCAACAGUGAUACGUCGAAAAUGGAUACGGUCACCCUACCGGUGCAACUGACUUCUGUAAGCAGCUCAAUUCAAUGCCUGGUGCGAGAUCUGCAACAGGAGGAGCACGAUGCUGACCGGUUUAUUGCCGGGCACGUGCCCCCGAAUGACGUUGAAGACUUCCUGGUAAGCUUUGAAAAGAAACUGGCGUAUCUAAAAACAUGUUUGUCGGGCACGGCACGCAACGUCCUUGAUGGGAUCGUCCUCGACAACGACCACUACCCAAUUGCUGUCGAAUUACUCAAAGAACGGUUCGGCAGGCAGCAAAUGGUGCUGAAUGCCCACUAUUCAGCACUGGUCGAUCUGCCACCGGCCUAUGACACGGCCACAUCACUGCGCCAGUUGUACGACACAGUUGAAAAACACAUCCGGGCGCUCAGUGCUAUUGGCGAAGACUGUGACCAAGGGAUUUUUGUGUCUCUGAUCACGUCAAAGCUGCCGAGUCCUGCCAUGUUUCAACUGGAAUUAGCUAAAGGUGAGGAGACGUGGUCCGCCGACCGUCUCCGCAAACAUUUACAUGACUAUAUCAUGGCAAAGGAAGCAGCAGCUCGACCAACAUCAGUCGGUUCUGCACAGUCAAGCAUGACUGUACCGCGGUCCACGAAUGCCAGCCCUGGCGACAUGCGGCCAGUCCAGACGUUGGCAGUUUCGGUCAAGAAACCACAACGCGCAAAAUGCUUCUUUUGCAAGGAAGCCCAUUACACAGAUGAAUGUGACCGGUACAGAACUUUAGAGACCAGACGCCAGCAAAUCCAGGGUCGGUGCUUCAUUUGUUUCCGGGACAGCCAUAUGGCUCCGGCUUGUCCGAACCCCUGGGCUUGUGCACAUUGCCACAAGAAGACACACCACCGCAGUCUCUGCCCUUCCAAAUUCGGAACUGGCCACCAACAACAACAACAAUCGAAACCACCAAUCAAAGCCAACACAACAUGUGUCACAGCUCCUAGCUCUCCCAGCCAACAACAGGAUGCAGUCAUCCUGCAAACAGCAGUAGCCACAAUUGGCGGCGCCACAAUUACCCAGCCCGCGCGGCUCAUGUUUGACACUGGGUCGUCACGGUCUUUUAUUACACAGGAAGCACAACAGGCACUUCAACUUGAUGCCAAUGGUUCAGACACCAUCGCCAUGGCUGGCUUUGGCGACAGUACCCGCAAAGUUGUCUGUCUGCCACGUGUGCAACUCUCUGUCGGGUGUGAUGAUGGCUCCACCGUUACGGUCAUAGCCAACGUAGUCGACAACAUAACAUGUCCCAUCCAACGCUUUCCACUCGAUUACACCAAAUAUCCGGUUCUGCAGUCUGUAAAUCUUGCUGAACCCACGCCCCUUGCAACAGAGAGCGUGGUUGUCGACGUACUAAUUGGAAGUGAUCAUUACCAUCACCUCAUUGGCCCUCAGGUCAUAUCCGUUACCGCUGACCUAGUGCUGGUCGAGUCCAAGUUAGGGUUUAUUCCGUCUGGCAAAGUGUCUGGUGAUACGCCCCCAGACACCGUCAUGCAUCUGUCGGCGGAUUCCAUAGCGGAUGACACCUUACCUGCACUCGAAGAUCUGUGGAGCCUUGAGAGUCUGGGCAUUAAUGACAACCCAGAAACAACAGACAACGACAUGGUGAGAGAACACUUCAACGCCACAAUACGCAAAGAAAACGGUCGCUACACCGUCAACUGGCCGUGGAAGGAAAAAGCUCCGCAAGUGAACUAUGAGCUGGCCAGAGGUCGACUCGUCUCCCUAAUCAAGCGGCUUUCUACACAGCCAGACAUCCUACGGCACUACGACCAGACAAUCAGAGACCAACACGCAAGUGGUAUUAUCGAGGAAGUCCCGAAUGCCGUGCCCACUGGGCCGGUCCACUAUUUGCCACACCACUGCGUUCAGCGCCAGGCCAGCACAACAACCAAACUCCGCAUCGUAUACGAUGCGUCAGCAAAAACCAACAAGGAUGGAAACAGCCUCAAUGACUGCCUUCACAGCGGCCCCAGCUUGCUUCCCGACCUGGGUGGCAUACUGGUCCGUUUUCGCCUGUUCCCUGUUGGGAUCACCAGCGAUAUUGAGAAGGCAUUCCUCCAAGUGGGCCUCGACGAACCAGACCGGGACUACACCCGCUUUCUGUGGCUCAAGGACAUUUCUCAACCAGUCUCACCAGCAAACCUGGUGACAUAUCGUUUCUGUCGAAUCCCGUUUGGUGUUAUUUCCAGCCCGUUCUUGCUGUCUGCCACCAUUCAUCACCAUCUCGACAACAGCAACAGCACGCUCGGUUCUGAAAUCCGCGACUCCACCUAUGUGGACAAUGUGAUAACUGGGCGCAACACGGCUGAUGAAGCCAGUACUCUCUAUGAUUCUGCAAAGAGCCUAUUCAACGACGCCGCUAUGAAUCUCCGUGAAUGGUCAUCUAACAGUGAUACAUUUAACCACACCCUGCCAGACUUCGACAAGGCCACAUCCAACAAUGUGAAAUGCCUCGGCCUGGCUUGGGAUACGAAAGAGGACACUCUCAAUGUCAUUUCUCCUAAUGUGGCUCACAAACACGCCAACACCAAGCGCAGCAUCAUCUCCGCUGCUGCUCGCUUUUACGAUCCCGUUGGCUACCUGUCACCUCUGUUUGUUCGAGCCAAACUUCUGAUCCAGGACAUCUGGAAAGCAAAGCUCGACUGGGAUGAUCCGGUUCCCAACAGCAUUGCAGAUGAUUGGCAGGCUAUUGCCCAAGACCUGGACAAAGCAGACACGUUCAAGCUCCACCGUUUCACUGGUCUUGACCCAGCAUCUGUCACUCGCCGCGAACUUCAUGUGUUCUGCGACGCAUCCGAAAAAUCGUACGGUACGGUUGCCUAUCUCCGUGAAGAAAGCGCCACCGCUGUGGCCACAGUCCUGCUCGUCAGCAAGACGAAGGUAGCUCCACUCAAACAAAUGACAAUUCCUCGUUUGGAGUUGAUGGCAGCGCUAAUCGGUUCUCGGCUUAUCAAAUUCCUCCAGAACACACUGCCAUUUGAUCUCCACCGCACUGUUCUGUGGUCCGAUUCAACUUGUGUUCUACACUGGAUCAAUGGCACGAACCAGCAAUCUGUGUUUGUCCAGCGGCGACUAAUGGAAAUCCGGUCGAAUCCGACAAUUGCAUUCAAGUACGUCAAUACGGAUUGCAAUCCUGCUGACCUACCCUCACGUGGUGCGACAGCUGCUGCAUUGCACGACAGCAAACUCUGGUGGGAGGGUCCUGAAUGGCUACGCGGUGAUACCAGCUCACUCGGUGAACUACCAUCCCCUUCACUUACCACAGCUGCAGCAAUGGUCUCAGAACCACCCACUGAGGUAUCUGUCGCAAUCAACUCUUGCCCUGGGGAGGGUCCUUUCAUCUCUAUCGAAAGCCAGACGCUCAUGGAGGUGCGUAAGCGUUUCUGGAUAACUCGUGGGCGGGCCACCGUGCAGACAAUAUUGCACAGCUGCUACCACUGCAAGAAAUGGGAAGCGAAACCAUACCCAAUGCCGGAUUUUGCUCCACUGCCGAGCAAGCGUGUUAACAGGUGCAUACCAUUCUCGUACACUGGUAUCGAUUACUUCGGCCCAAUGACAAUGACCAAGGAAAGCGAGAAAUGCAAGUUGGGCACUCCUGGUAUGGAGGGAGACUUUGGUAAUGACCCGACGUUUGAGCCUGACACGUCUUUGGCUAACACAUUGCUAACUGCCUGGACGGAUGGUCAACGCCUACUACAGACCUUUUGGUCAGAAUGGCAGUAUUCGUAUCUACCCACGCUACGUGAACGUGGUCAGACUGCACUUCCGCAUGGAAGACUGCAAGCACAUGAUCCACCUGCUGUGGAUACUGUUGUCCUAGUCAAGGAAGAAAAGAUGCCACGCGGCUCUUGGUUAAUUGGACGAAUUGACAAACUGCACAACAGUAAUGAUGGUGAAAUCAGAUCUGCAACAGUUGUUCUGCCAUCCAAGCGGCAGAUCCAACGUCCACUAUGUCUGUUGUACCCAAUUGUGCAAGCGGAGAAUCACGAUGCAAAGCACGAUGACCCGCCGCUCGCACAACCUGCACAACCUGCACAGCCUGUACAGCCUGCACAACCUACACAGCAACAACCAGCUCGACCAACACGCCGAGCAGCCGCUGGUUCCCGUGCUAACCUGAAGAACCUAAUAAGUCAAGGUGCAGUAUAA